CCGAGAGGCAAGGGGCGCGCGCCGAAGGGGGCCGGCCUAGAGCGGCCAUGGGCCCUCGCUCCCGGUUCAGGGAAAGACGACAGCGGAGAAGACGGUCCGGAUCCGAGGAGAGAGGGAGGCGGCGGAGAGGACGGGAAGAAAGAGGCAGAAAUGGCAGAAGAAGAAAGAAAAAAGUGGAGACCACCACCACAAGAGACACAAGAAGUGCACCCACCCCACACACACCAGGACCGCUCCCUCAGCUUGGAUUCCUCACUGGAAAAGCGAGGCCACAGCAGCGAGAGGAGGGGGAAGAGGAGCCGAAAGCGCUCCAGGUCCAGGUCCUCAGUGUCCUCCGUCUCAUCGCUUUCUCUGCCGUGGUCCCAAGGCUCCAGGGAAGACCUGGGCGAGCAGCUUAACCUCCAGGAGCGCUUGCAGCUGAAGGAGGACAAGAAGCAGAAGGAGCUGCUGAAGGCGCUCGAGACCCCCGAAGAGAAGCGGACCCGGCACCUGGCCAAGAAGGAGGCCAAGGAACGGAAGAAGCAUGAGAAGAGGGGCUGGGGGGAAGAGUAUAUGGGCUACACCAACACUGACCACCCCUUUGGGGACAACAACCUGCUGGGAGCUUUCAUCUGGAGCAAGGCGAGUCUCGAACCGGAACCCAAGGUCAUCUCGUGUCGGUAGCUGAAAUCUGGCUCAAGAUGCUUGGAGAAAUGGUUCACAAACCGAACACGUUUUUAACUGUUCUCCCUUCAACGUCCUUUCCUGAAACACAACCAUCGGAACUGGACACCGUGUUGCAAAUGUGGCUGCAUCCUAGAUUUGUAUAAGGACACCAUGAUUCCAGUCCCUUUGAUGCAGCCUGUCUUGGACCUUUUCGGGGGCUAACUUCGUAGCUCUUGGUCUCACCUGGUUUCUGGGUUGCUUCUAGGCCCUGGAGAAGAAGGGGGUUGGCCACUUGGAGGAGAAGGAGCUGAAGGACUAGAAUUAGUGGCUUCAAGAGGAAAGUUACCUGGAGCUGCAGAAGGUAAGAGCUGGAAAAGGGAGGCGAGCAAGUCAUUUGCUGUAACUCGUGUGAAAGAAUUAGGGUUAGGGUUCUCUCCUUCAGGGCUUUUUUUGAACCCCAGGACCAAUGUUUUGGCCCAGGGUACAGCUUUGAAAUGCAGGGAAAGGAACAUCUCUGAGCAAGUACAGAGUGCCCUGCCCUCCACAUUGAAUAUCCCCAGCCAACUCCUAGACCCAUAGGGUUAGGGGGGAGAAAACCCUGUAGCUCAGAGGAUGUGAUCUGCAGCUCAGUGACAGAGCAUCUGGUUUGCGUGCAGAGGGCCCUCUUCAUCCCCAGCACAGCAUCCCUCCAGUGGCUGUUGUUGGUGUCUACCUUAUAACUCUUUUUUAGAUUGUGAGCCCUUUGUGGACAGGGAACCAUCUUAUUUACUUAUUCUUUAUUUUUCUAUGUGAACUUUGGAAACUUUGUUGAAAAGGGCUGCCUCUGGAGCAAGGACCUUCUGUUUUCAGAGAUGGGGAGGCUCUUAUUGCAGCAGGGAGCACAUUCCAAAGCCUCGGGGCAGCAAUGGAGAAGGCCAGUCCCUGAGUAGCUACCAGACGAGCUGGUGGCAACUGCAGAUGGGCCUCUCCGUAUGAUCUCAGUGGGUGAUGAGGUUCAUAGUGAAGAAGAAGACAGGUGAUUGGACUGUUCCAACUCUGUGGUCUUUAACAGAAGGAAGCCUUUGCUGGUGGCACAGCCUCCGGCAGGUCUCCAGCAGACGAGCCGCCUGCAGGUGGCUGCCAAAGGGGGCUGGCCUUCGGGGGUGGGAACAAUGCAUCUAUCUAUCUAUCUAUCUAUCUAUCUAUCUAUCUAUCUAUCUAUCUAUCUAUCUAUCUAUUUAUUUAUUUAUUUAACACAUCUUGAUAUCGCCCAAAAUGCAAGUUCUCUGGGCCCUUUACAACAAAACAAAACAACCAAUAAAAAGAUUAAAACAUUUCAAACACAAUUAAAACAAUAUCUAAUUAAAAGCCUGGGUGAACA